UUGAAGGUGGACGUCUUUGUUCCGGACUCAUGGACUCGGUGUUCCCCGGUUCUCUCGACUGAGCGUGGUUCCGACAUGCUGCAGCCGGGUAACGACACCCGUGGAUGGGCUGAAGUGUCCGUGUCUAACUGGUCCGGUGCGACAGAUGCUGGUCCCGGUCCAGAGGCGGUGGUCGUCCCGGUCUUGUUCGGGCUGAUCUUCACGGUGGGCCUGGUGGGCAACACGCUGGUUCUGUUGGUCACGUGCAGGGUGUCGCGCGCAGGAGGGGGUUCAGGGGGGUCGCCUGCCGGAAACCCCACUAACAUCUUCAUCAGCAACCUGAGCGUGGCCGACCUCCUCUUCCUCCUGCUGUGCGUGCCCUUCCACGCCACCAUCUACUCGCUGCCCGACUGGGUGUUCGGAGGCUUCGUGUGCAGGUUCGGACACUUCUUCGCGUCCGUCAGCGUGCUCGUCAGCAUCUUCACGCUCGUCGCCAUGUCCGUGGACCGCUACGUGGCUGUGGUUCGCUCCGACCCCUCCCGUGGCGCCCGGAACCGCAGAAACGCGCUGGUGGGCGUCGGCGUCAUCUGGACCGUGUCUCUGAUGUUCUCGGUCCCGGUGGCCCAGCACCAGGUCCUCAUCGAGCACGCGAGCGCCCCCAACAGCACCUUCUGCUGGGAGCGCUGGUCUGGACGGGCCCGGCACAUUUACAAGGUCUCCAUGGUUCUAGUCGGCUUCGUGGUCCCCCUGCUGCUCAUCAGCUGCUGCUACGUCAGGGUUCUAUGUCAUCUUCACAAAAAGAUGAAGAACAUGUCCAAGAAGUCUGAGCACGCCAAGCAAAAGACCACGCAGACGGUGCUCCUGGUCAUCACCGCCUUCGCCAUCUGCUGGAUCCCCCAUCACAUGAUCACCCUGUGGGCGGAGUUUGGCACCUUCCCGCUGACGGACGCAUCCUUCGCCUUUCGCAUCGUGUCUCACUGCCUGUCCUACGCUCACUCCUGUGUCAACCCCGUCCUCUAUGCCUUCCUGUCGGAGAAGUUCCGCAAGGCUUGCGGUCAGGUGUUCACCUUGCGCUUGUGGAGCCCGGCGCCCUCCAGAGGCUCGGAGGUGCGCUGCCGCACGGACAACAUGUCCAGCACGCACUCCACCACCAACAUAUGAAGAAGGGACCUACUGUAUGUGAUUCUUUACUCUGCCAGGUCCAAUAACUGGGUCAUGUGACAACAGGACGUUUGAUUGGCCGAGAACAAAAAAACAACAAAAAACAGACGUUUCAACCAGUGGUUCUCGACCGGUUUGGCUACAGGACCCACCAUCACCCCUUAAUGACAAGCGCCGACCCAAAUUGUGGACAUUUUUCAACUUACACUUCACAAAUAAUUCUUAUUUGAUGACAAGACCGUGCAGUUUGAAUGUGAGGGUGUGCAAAAUAACACAGUGUGUGCCGCAGCCUGCCAGGAACAGUAGGUUUUUAUCAACAAACUCCAAAUGAUUUUAACAAAAAGUGUCUGCUUCCGCUAACAUUUUGUCUGUACUCGCUAGCUCAAUUUACUUCACUUUGAAGCACUUUAAAACUGAACAUACAGAAACAAAAGCAUGUCGAUUAUAACUUGCAUAAGGUACAAAAUAAUUUCUCUCUGACAUUCAGCAUAAAUGAAAUGCAUUCGAACAACCUGUGCUAGCUCGAUGCUAAUUUGCAUUGAAAAUUGUAUAUAAGUAGCGAUUAGCACUAGCGUGUUUUACAUGAUGAUUUCGAACACUUCCAAAUAUGCCAAUUAAAUAGAUAAAAAAAAUUUACAUUCCACUUAAACAGCAGAUAUACAAUAAUAAUUAUAAUGACAAUAAAUCAUUUUUAGACUCAACAAGGGACAAGCUGGCUCAUUCAACAGCUUAAUGGCGCUACUAACUACCGGUGUUGGUCUUCAAUGACAACGGGUUUCAAAGAGUGCAACAGAGCAUUGUCGCCACCUAUGGGAGUCCUAAUAGAUGACACCCUACUGCAUUAAAAAAAAUC